CCCAGAAAUGUUCCGAAAAUACGGAAGUCAUGUGGAAUCCUAUUUUCGCUUUCACGAUAUAUUUGUUAUUUGGAUUUGCUGUGGGAAUUGACAUAUUUGAUACGUUUUUAAAGUAUGUCGACCAAUUCAAGAAGUCUUACGUGAACCAUCCAGAUGAGUUACAUACCAGAUUUAAUAUAUUUAAGGGAAAUUUGAUCAGAAUUGAAAAAUUGAAUCAACAAAACAAGUCAUCUGCUUGGUAUGGAAUCAACAAAUUUUCAGAUCUUACACCAGAGGAAUUCAAAGCAUCUUACUUAACUGAUCUGAAGCCACAUCAUGUUCACCAUCCCCUGAGGGCCCGGGGUUAUGUAACGCAACCAGAAAAGUUCCACUCCUUAAAUAUACCCAAGAAACUGGACUGGAGGAACUUUAAGAACCAAAGUUACGUGAGUCCAGUGAAGAACCAAAAUAGCUGUGGUGGAUGCUGGGCCUUCAGUACAGCUGAGUUAACGGAGAGCAUGUAUGCCAUACAGAAACACUUACCACCCCCAGACCUUAGUGUACAGGAAAUCAUAGACUGUGCAAUGUACAACUCAGGAUGUACAGGUGGCGACACCUGUGCUGCCAUGCAGUGGCUUGUUGAUAGCCAUGUUCCCCUGGUCUCUGAUAAAGACUACCCUCUGACAGAUGAGUCCGACUACUGUAAGCUUUUGCCAACUUCAUCAACAGGAGUCAAGGUCAGCAACUAUACCUGUCGCUCAUAUCUACAAAACGAGCAGGACAUGCUUAUGUUGUUGUCGGACGGGCCACUGACAGUGUCAGUUGAUGCCACACUGUGGGCUAAUUAUCAAGGUGGCAUCAUUCAGCAUCACUGUGGCACCACCAUCAACCAUGCAGUUGUCAUCGUUGGCUACGACCUCACAGGUGACAUCCCCUACUACAUAGUGAGGAACUCCUGGGGACCAGACUUUGGUAUAAACGGUUAUCUACA